AUGGCCUGCUACGUCGAUCACCAGUUAUCACACUUUUUGGAAGAACAACUGCCGUAUAUCCGUCGUCGAUUCAUUUACGGGCUGGGCAAUUCUUUAGUGGAUAAGAUUUGGAGUGGCCAUCGCUCGUUACAGGAACGAGUAAUUCACAUGCGAGAGGAGCAAUGCGCCCUUGAGAGGACGCUCUACCAAAAUCGUCGUCAUUAUCUUAGUACUCUACAACAAGACUCUCAAAUCGAGGAGAAAUUGCUUGAGCACGACACCUACAUCGUCAGUGUUCUCGAUGACUACUUCAAACGUCAACAGCUUGCUCUUUCGGAAAUGAUGGUUCCCGGCUUUUUUGUUACCGACAAUCCCAUCGAUAUCGAAGUACAAAUGCUCAUUCUGGAAUUCAUUUUGCACGUCCGGCUCCCUGAACCCAUUGCCGUUUCACAAUCGUCUCAGCACGGAUCUCCUAUUGUGUACGUACAGCUGUCGUAG